AUGUCAUCUUCUUUCACCUGCUUCUUCUUGCUUCUUCUUUUGGCCUUUUACUGCGUUUUAGCUUCAUCGGCAAACUCGGCUAAUAACUAUGCUCAUAGCAGUGGUGGUGAUGAAGAUAAGAAAUAUAGUUCACCGCCGUCAGAAGGUGACAGCGAUAAGGAAUACAAUUCAUGGCCUGAAGGUGGCGGCGAUAAUGGUGAUGGUGGUGAUGAUGAUGAUUUCACCCUGGAGGCACCGAACUUGGAUGAAAUCACUCUGGAUAAUCUCCUAUCCUUUGGUCACUAUCGCAAGACUUGUGCAGAGUUUGAAUCCAUUGUGCAUCGGAAAGUGAAUGAAUGGGUUAAGAAGGAUCGGACACUUGGCGCCAGUCUCAUGAGGUUGCAUUUCCAUGAUUGCUUUGUGAGGGGAUGUGAUGCCUCUAUUCUCUUAAACCAUGAAACGAGUGAAAGGAGAGCAAAUGCGAGCAAGACAUUGAGAGGUUUUGAAGUGAUAGAUGACAUCAAGGCGGAGCUGGAGAAGAAAUGUCCCAAAACGGUGUCGUGUGCUGACAUUUUGACCGCUGCAACAAGAGACGCCACCGUAGCUUUGGGUGGCCCGUAUUGGGUGCUGCCCUAUGGCCGGAAAGAUGGACGGAUUUCAAUCGCCGAGGAGGCUGAGACGGUACCGAUGGGUCGUGAAGACACUACUUCUUUGCUUGAAUUGUUCCAAUCUAAGGGUUUGAACGUGCUUGACUUGGUCGUUCUCUCAGGAGCUCAUACCGUUGGGAGGGCAUCUUGUGGCUCCAUACAAGAUAGGAUUUUCAACUACAAGGGAACUGGAAAAGCAGACCCAUCCAUGGAUCCAAAGUACGUUGACUUCUUACAAAGAAAGUGCAGAUGGGCAUCAGAAUAUGUUCAUCUUGAUGCUACCACACCAACAACAUUCGACCCUGUCUACUACCUUAAUCUCAAGAAGAACAUGGCACUCUUGUCCUCAGAUCAAAUGUUGCACGCUGAUUCAAGAACCUCACCUUUAGUUUCGGCUUUGGUCGGCACAGACCCGUCGCCUUUUAACCACCAGUUUGCUGUCUCCAUGGCAAAGCUUGGCAAUGUUGGUGUGCUUACUGAUGAUGAUGAUGGACAAAUCAGAACAAACUGUAAUUCUGUCAAUGCUUACUGA